UUUCUUUUCUCGAUACAAUGAUAAGUCAAUUUGAUCAAGCCACAAGCACCUCGUAUCUGGGUAAAACAGAGAGAGGAGCACAUAUAUUUACUGGUGUUGCAAGCACUAGAUGGUCUGUAGGUGAUGUUCCCAACGUAAGUGGGUAUGUGAUGGCUAUGAUGAUGGACGGCGUACUCCAACAUUUUUCGAAAAAACACCAAACAGACCCGGUAGCACUCAAUUGUUUCUUUUUUAACAAGACACUGGGAGGAAAUUACAUUGUAGAAAUUGAAGAGUUGAAAAUGAGUGGUAAGGGAUAUUGUGUCGUGCGUGCUAUUCUUAAACAAACCAAGGAUCUGGCUGCCUUGGAUACCGUCUCUUCGUACCAACCAUCACAGUGGAUUGAUAAAGUACAAGGUGUAUUCACUAUGGGUAAUAUGGAUGCAGAGGAAGGUGUGACGUAUCUCCAUAAACACCCCACGCCCCCACCGUUGAAUCAUCUUGUACCGUAUGAGUAUAUCUUUAUGGGCGAAUUCGUGGAUGCCAAACUGGAUACGCAUAUUCUUCCAGUGGAAGACAGGACGAAUCAACCAGAAUUGACUCAAGUAAUUGGGUUCAAGGAUGGCAGAGAGGUGGAUUUUAAGAGUAUGCCUUAUUGGUGUGACAUGUUUCUUGCUUUACCUUGGUUAAUGGGACCGACUUUUUUGGGUGGCCCGAUUUGGUGUCCUACCAUGCAACUGGAAAUUCAGUUUAAGAAGAAGCCAACCGGAAAAAAGGUCGUUGGACAUUUCCUGAGUCGACAUAUCAUUAAUGGAAGAUUCGAUGUCGAUGGUGAGGUAUGGAAUGAGCAAGGAGAAAUACUGGCUAUUACCAGACAUCAAAACCUGAUUGUACCUUGGAGUCGUAACGUCAAGGCAAAGAUUUAACACAUUAUUUGAAAUAAAAAUCACUUAUUCAGAAGGGAAAUGUCAUAACUAUUUUUGGAUCAAGUGAUGGUCUACACACAUUAA